GCUGCAAGACGUUGUACAACCACAAGAGCAAGGGGCGAGACAACGCAGACAUGGUGGUGGGAGGUAAAAGCAGCAAAGGAGGCAGCGGGCGAAGAAGCACGAGAAGCACGAGAAGCGCUGGGCACGUGUGCAGAGGGCACGGAGGACAGAAGAAGAGAAGAGAAACAAGCUCAGAGCAGCAGCAGCAGCAGCAGCGAUGGGUCUGAACAAGUGUGUCAAGUCUGUGGAGGACGUGCUUUCGAGCCCCAGGUCCCCCAGGUCUUCCUCCAGCUCACCUGAGCUACGCUACGCCAACGCCAGAAACAUCAACCUCAGCAACUCCAAGUUCCAGUUGACGUCCCCAAGCUUGGUGGCUACCUCUGUCGACAAAAACACCAAGAUAAAUGGCAGGAUAGUGCCCACCUCCUCCACCAUUUCCUUGCUAUCGCUUAACCUCUCCAACCAUAGCUCCUGUCUCUCCAACGUCGUGGAGGACUCUCGUCCUGACCAGCUGCCAGAUCCUCUUGGAAGCCCCAUGAAGCCCAUCAACGAAACAGCCUCAGGCCUAAAUGCAAAUCCCAACUCAACUUCAAAUUCAAACUUGAGUUCUCUCACUGGCCUAAACAGCUCCAACUCCAACUCCACUUCCAAGCUAUCCUCCUUGACAAACAACAAUCUAAAAUGGUCCAGAAAUGUCUUACAAUCCACGCAUCAAAAGAGACACCAGCACUACCAUUCAUCGUCUCUAUUGAGCUCCAGACUUCCCUCUUCCUCCAACUUGGCCAAGUCCUACACCUCUCCCAAGACUAUCCCUAUAAACAACCCAAUAAUACAAAAUGAUAAGCUAAUAAUUGGCACUCCUGACUCUCCAAGCUUGGGUCCAACAUCUGUGACUGGCUCUCCAUCGAAAUACAUGCUAUCAGGUCAGGGCUUGCCCGAAUCUUUAUCCUCAUCUUUCAACACCAGUUUUUUGCUAUCAAAUCCUAAUCCUAAUCCAAAUCUAAAUCCACAUUCAGGAUUGAAUGUGAACAUGAAUCCUACCAGCUACUUGACAACCUCGGUCAGCAAUUUGUCUUUAUCAAAUUCCAAUGUUUACUCAAUAAAUAACAACAAUAACAAUUUUGGUAACACUAAAGCUCUAAGUCCUACAAACGAGUUUCAUUUCAAUGGCCUUAACAUUGGCUCUGCAAGAAAAAAUUCAAUAAAUAAUAUACCAAUAAAUAAUUUCAACACUAACAAUAACAAUAACAAUAACAAUAACAAUAACAAUAACAAUAACAAUAACAAUAACAAUAAUAAUAACAUAAACUUUAGUAACAGUUACAACAGUAAUAACUACAAUAAUAACAGCCAUAACAUCAACAUAACCAACAUCAACAAUGUCAAUUUCGGUUACUUGUCCCCAAAAUUAAACCCUGUUCAAACCCCAAAUGGUGAGAUAUCUAUGACACCGCUAAUGCUAUCAUACUCAAAUUUCAACUCAAAUCCAAACUCAAGGAGAGCCUCAAUGACAGCAGGUUUAAAUAUACCCUCAAAUGAAUAUAACUUUAAUGAUAACUCCAUUAAUAGCAAUAAUAUCAAUAUCAACAAUAAUAGCAACAACAACAACUUUAAUAAUUUCAACAACUUCAACUUUAAUAACAGCUUCAAUAACCAUAAUGGCCACAAUUAUAGUAAUAGUUUCAGUAAUAAUGAGGACAAUUUGAUAUUCGAAGAAGAUGAAAACUCAUCAAAGAAAAAUCUAUGAUACAUCCUUCCAUAUUUAGUUUCACUCUACUCUUGUUUUGCUUCCUUAUUUCUUCUUUUUCUUCUUUUUUCUUUCUGAUUUAUAUCUUCCUGGUUAUUAUCGAUUGUUUUUUUAUAGUCUAUAACUUAUACACCUCGUUUUCUGUAACCUUUCUUGCAUCGUUCAACGCUUUCCCAC